AUGAGAACGGCGUCAGUUGUUGCCACAAGUCUUUUCACGUUCGCACUGACGAUCGCCCAGGAUGCAAGCGUCGAAAUCCAAGGUAAUCGCGAAGAUAUAAAGUGGAAUGCUUUUAACAUUUUCAUAAAUAUAGGUGGGUUUAUCGCAACGUGCCUGUCGCCGGCUGGAUUAACAGGCGUUGCUAUUCCACUAUGUGCUUUGACAACAGUAGCCAGUUUCUCGACAAUUGUGUGCUUGAGCCUCAAGCUUUUUGAUGGUUUAAUUACCAAAGACAAUGGGCUGGCUCCGCAAAUGGUGGUCUUUCUUCGAGGAAUAGGAAUGGAUGUGCAAGGCCAAGAGGCUUCGGAGCUGGUUACGGGGCAAGCAGAAAGCUCUAUAUGGGAUUCAUGGGCGGAGAGCACAACUUCAGUUGCGCUUCGUCAACUCCAGCCUCGCGUUAUGUAUUCUGCUGAGAGUUAUCAGAACUCUAUCGGGAUCGAACGUCCCAGCUACUGUCUCUCCUUCCAACUCGACGAACAGGACGAACAGGACGAACCCUACGAUAUGAUUUGGCUUCAACAGAAAGUCUGUUUUUCAGAAUACUCCGCUGCCGCUUUUGGAGGGAAAAAGCUGGCAAGAGUGCCUCCGAAAGCAGCCACCAAAGCGUUAGGACGACUGCGCGAAGCUGGAACGGGAUUUGGCUUCGGGCAAGCCCACCAGCUUGUGGAAACUAUAUAUGCAACAUUUGGAGAGUACGGGCAAGAGUUUGUGGAAAAGAUGCUAGUGUUAGUCGAAGGUUUCGACGCCGCCGACGAAUCUUCCGAACCUCGCGAAUUCACAAUAGAAGGAGAAGUGAAUGGAACUGAGGAGCUCUUACUGAAAGUUCAAAUCGCAACUGUCUAG